GAGAGAUGUGUCCUGCUGACAGAUGUGGUGUGAUUCCAGGCUGUCCUUUGAUAAAGAGGCGAUGGUGUCUCGCGCCCGGAGGCUCAUCUCUCUCUAUGAGGAGGCAGGAGUCCGUAAGGAGUACAUCCUCAUCAAACUCUCCUCCACGUGGGAGGGCAUUCAGGCCGGACAAGAGUUGGAGGAGAAGGACGAGAUCCACUGCAACAUGACUCUGCUGUUCUCGUUCGCUCAGGCCAUCGCGUGUGCUGAGGCUCGCAUCACCCUCAUCUCGCCCUUCGUGGGGCAUAUCCUGGACUGGUACAAAGAAAACACAGACAGCAAAAACUACGAGCCACAUGAGGAUCCAGGCAUGUUCUCAUAUCCUGGACUGGUACAAAGAAAACACAGACAGCAAAAACUACGAGCCCCAUGAGGAUCCAGGCAUGUUCUCUGAGAG